AUGGACAGUGAAAAAGCCCGAGAAAGGCUAAAAGACCACGCCAAGCUGUUUGGCUACCAGCUCAAGACUGAGCAGGAAGAUGAAAUUGUGAUUCUCUAUGAAUUAAAUAACGAGUUCUACACCGACGAUGCUUUUUCUCUUCAUAUUGAAAAUUACAUGUCAAGACAAGCAGAUUUUCAAGACACUGUGUGGAAAGAACACAGAAGACCCUCGGUAUUUGCCAAACGUGUUAGCACAGAAAUAUUCGACAUUCCUACAUACAAAAAGACUCCAGAACUUACCAGAUUCCUAGUAUCCCAACUUGGAGCUAGUAUUCCUUUCUGUCUUCUGGACGAAGAGCAAAAGUGCUCUUUAGUCAACACCAUGCAUCCUUUGUACGUUGAGGCAGGUGUUGUAUUGAUAAGGGAAGGAGAUGUGGGAGCUGAAAUGUACAUUGUUGAGGAGGGCGAGUUCGAAGUCAUCAUUGGAAGUGACUUGGUGAACAGAAUGUAUUCAGGUGCUGUUUUUGGUGAGCUUGCGCUUCUGCAUGGGAUUCCCAGAACAGCCACAGUCAGAGCGGUUAAGAAGUCGCGAGUCUGGUCUGCAGAGCAGACAUCCUUCACAAGUAUCCGAAUUCGGGAUCAGGUAUAUAAAAAGAGUUUAGCAAGGGAGGUCAUUUUGGAGGAUCCAUUCUUUAGGGAAAGUCUAGAGGAUCCUGGGAAUGUUGAAAGAAUUCUCAGCUCAGCAUCCUGUAAAUUUAUGCCAGCAAGUACCCAAUUUGAGUUACAAGAUGACGAAGUUGUUAUUGUUCUUAAGCCGGCAAAAAUUAAAGAUACAGAGGCAAGGGACGUGCAGCCUAAAGACCUGAUACACACUAGUUUCCGCUGCCUUACAAACCUUGAAUGUUAUAUAGUAAAGACAAAGGAUAUUACCGAAUAA